AUGGCACAAGCAGCGAGACUGAAUUUCCGAAUGCAGAAGGAGCUCAAGCUCCUCCUCACCGACCCACCUCCCGCCGCCUCCUUCCCUCUCCUCUACCCUGACUCUGACCUCUCUUCAUUUUAUCUCUCCUCCAUAGACGCCCAGAUUGAAGGUCCUGAAGGAACUGUUUAUGCUAAGGGGGUCUUUACGAUAAAGAUUCAAAUACCCGAAAGGUAUCCAUUUCAGCCUCCAAUUGUGACCUUUGCUACUCCUAUCUAUCAUCCAAAUAUUGAUAAUGGAGGGCGGAUCUGCCUAGACAUUCUCAAUCUUCCCCCAAAGGGUACAUGGCAACCAUCUCUAAACAUUUCAGCCGUGUUAACAUGCAUUGGAUUGUUGUUGAGUGAACCCAACCCUGAUGAUGGCCUAAUGUGUGAAGCGAGCAGGGAGUACAAAUAUAACAGACAAGCUUUUGACCAGAAGGCACAGUCUAUGACUGAGAAAUAUGCCAGGGCUGGAGCAAGUGAGGAUCAUGGUUGCAGCCAAAGCCGUCAAAUUAUCUCAAAUUCAAGCAUGAUGGAACCUAAAGGAUCGGAUACAUUGAAGCAUGAAGUUAAUGAGGACUUUGUAAGUGAUAAGAAGCUCUGUGGGAUCAGCAGGAAGUUGUCGUUCGAGUCUUCAGGGCCAAGUCAGAAAAGGGAAAGUGAUACGAGAGUCAAUGAGGAAAAUAUUGCUCAUGUCUCCAAAAGCCAAAUGGAAGUUAAAGGGCCAGAACAAGAGUCAAAUAAAGAGUCCACUGAGUGUUAUCAAAAUCAUGAGAAGCUACAAAGGAACAGGAGGAAAUUAUCACUGGCAUCAUUGAGUCCAUCCCAGAUGAAAAAUGUUGAUGAAAAGGAGAAUGUUGUGGCAAAUCAGUGUUCAUCCAUUUUGAACCCCCAAAGCAUUUCUGUCAGUUAUGCAGAGUCCAGACCGGCGCUGCAGUAUAGCAACUACCAUGAGCAACAAUCUCAUCAAGAGCAUUUUUUUAAUUCAAUGAGUGAGAGCAAAAGCACAAGCUCAAAGAAGCUGUUGUGUCCUGUCAGAGAGCAGUUACUAGAAUCUUCACGCUCACGCCAAAGAAGCCAUGAUAAUGGUGAGAAAAUGUGCACUUUGCCUAAAUCUUUGUCUUCUCAUGUUAAUGUAUCUGAUGAGACCUUGCCAAUUCACCAUGCUGUAAGCCAUAACGAAAUGCAGAAUCCAAUGUAUCUUAAUGACAGAACUGCAAGUGGCUUAAAAAAUGUAGGACGUAAGAAGCUAGGUUUGGCUGGGAGGAAGCUUUCUUUGAGGCCUUUAGCCUCAUCUCAAAAUCAGGAAGAGGAUAAUAAGGAGAAGAUGGCUGCAAAUAAAGGUUUGAUGGUUGCACACCCCUACAGCCUAUCUACAGCAUCAUCCAUGUCUUCGUUGGUCUCAAAAAUCAGUGAAUACAAUGAAGGGGAAGCAGGGAGCUGUGCCACAAAUGUAGAUUCUAAAAAACUGUUUGGUAUUCGUGGGAAGCUGCCAUUGGAACCUCUGUGCCAAUUGCAAGUGGGCAACAAUGGUGGCAACCAGAUGCCUACCUUGCAGUCUGAAAAGCCAUCGGCAAAAUCAUCCAAAUCAAUGCUAUUGCUGCAGGACUGCAGGUAUGAUGGUAAGCAGCAGCCUAAGCAAGAUCAUGAUGAAAAAUUUGCUGGAGGGAUCGAACAACAGGAAGGAGGAUCGCUAGCAUCUGAAACAGUGAUUGUUUUGGACAGUGAAGAUAGUGAAGGGGAAACAGAUGGAUCUUCGAGGUCCAGGCUGUCACUAGCACGAAAACGCUUACCAGGGAAGCGGAAAGCUAAAGUCUGAAAGAUGACAAUUAGCCAUUCAGUUGUUAAUUCCCUUGUUUAUAAUGGGUUGAUUCACAGAGGAUGAAAUAUGUUGUCUUCAAACUUUUUAUCAGUAGCAUUUCAAAUUAACAUUCUCACAAUGAACUGGACCUCCAAUCCUCUAGACCCCUCGGGCUUUGAAUGGC